AGAGCGGAGGCUGUGAGCGCCGCCGCCGGAGAAGACCGACGCUCCGCCGGAGCCAGCCUGCGGCGCCGGGGCCUGGCCGGCUACUUCCCGCCUCAGCCGCCGCCCCCGCCGCCCCAGACACCGCUGAGGCGGGCGCGGCUGGACGCGCGCUCACUCGGCCCUGUCCGGCCGGGCGCGGCCCGGAGCCGCGGCGAGGGAGGACCCCUGCAGUGGACCAUGAGUCGGUAAUGCCCACUGAAGACCUCUGGGAACCAUGUCAGACGAAUCCGCCUCAGGGAGCGAUCCAGACCUGGACCCGGACUUGGAGCUGGAGGAUGCGGAAGAGGAGGAGGAGGAGGAGGAGGUGGCAGUGGAGGAACAUGACAGGGAUGAUGAGGAAGACCUGCUGGAUGAUCAAUCCCUGGAAGACAUGUGUGGCACUGACUGUGCCCCGCUGGGGGAAGAUGGGCAGCAGCCACCACGGUGCACUUCAACUACCUCAUCUCAGUCUGAGCCUUCAGAGCAGCUUAGGCGCCCCCAAGCCAAGAAUUUAACCUCUGAGGACUCCAAAAAGAAGAGAGCUCAGAAGCCUUCCCAUAUGAGGAGAAACAUACGAAAGCUGCUCCGGGAGGAUCAAUUGGAGCCAGUUACCAAAGCAGCACAGCAGGAGGAAUUGGAAAGAAGGAAACGUCUGGAGCAGCAGAGAAAGGAUUAUGCAGCCCCCAUUCCCACUGUUCCUCUGGAGUUUCUUCCUGAGGAAAUUGUCUUAAGAGCAAGCGAUGGUCCCCAACUGCCUCCUCGGGUCUUAACCCAGGAAAUCAUUUGUUUGGACAGCAGCAGUGGCAGUGAGGAUGAAAAAAGCAGUCGAGAUGAGGUGAUUGAACUGAGCUCUGGAGAGGAGGACACUCUACACAUUGUAGAUAGCAGUGAGUCUGUCAGUGAGGAGGAUGAGGAAGAGGAAAAAGGUGGUACCCAUGUGAAUGACGUCUUAAAUCAGCGUGAUGCUCUGGGGCGGGUACUUGUCAAUCUGAACCACCCUCCAGAGGAAGAGAAUGUCUUCCUGGCCCCACAGUUAGCCCGGGCAGUAAAACCUCAUCAGAUUGGUGGGAUCCGGUUCCUAUAUGAUAACUUGGUUGAGUCCCUGGAGAGAUUUAAGACCAGUAGUGGUUUUGGCUGUAUCCUGGCCCAUAGCAUGGGUCUGGGGAAAACUUUGCAGGUGAUCUCCUUCAUUGACGUUCUCUUCCGCCACACACCAGCCAAAACUGUUCUUGCCAUUGUGCCGGUUAAUACUCUUCAGAAUUGGCUGGCAGAGUUCAAUAUGUGGAUUCCAGCACCUGAAGCCCUUCCAGCUGACAAUAAGCCUGAAGAAGUUCAGCCUCGAUUCUUUAAAGUUCAUAUCUUGAAUGAUGAACACAAGACAAUGGCAGCUCGUGCUAAAGUGAUGUCCGAUUGGGUAUCAGAGGGCGGGGUGCUCCUGAUGGGGUACGAAAUGUACAGACUCCUCACCCUGAAGAAAUCCUUUGCCACAGGUAGACCGAAGAAAACCAAGAAACGUUCUCACCCGGUUAUCAUUGACCUGGAUGAGGAGGACCGACAACAGGAGUUUCGAAGAGAGUUUGAGAAGGCCUUAUGUCGCCCUGGCCCUGAUGUGGUGAUAUGUGACGAGGGACACCGCAUCAAAAACUGCCAGGCCAGUACCUCGCAGGCCCUGAAGAACAUUCGCUCUCGCCGCCGGGUGGUGCUGACGGGGUACCCUUUGCAGAACAACCUCAUUGAGUACUGGUGCAUGGUGGACUUUGUGCGCCCAGACUUCCUUGGCACCCGACAGGAGUUCAGCAACAUGUUUGAACGCCCCAUCCUAAACGGGCAGUGUAUUGACAGCACGCCUCAGGAUGUCCGCCUCAUGAGGUACCGGAGCCAUGUCCUGCAUAGCCUUCUGGAGGGCUUUGUGCAGAGAAGAGGCCAUACUGUACUGAAGAUUCAUCUCCCUGCCAAAGAAGAAAACGUGAUCCUGGUACGGCUCUCUCAGAUCCAGCGAGAUUUAUAUACACAGUUCAUGGAUCGCUUUCGUGAUUGUGGCAGUAGUGGCUGGCUGGGACUGAACCCCCUCAAGGCUUUCUGUGUAUGCUGCAAGAUCUGGAAUCACCCAGAUGUGCUGUAUGAAGCCCUUCAGAAAGAGAACUUGGCCAAUGAACAGGACCUAGAUGUGGAGGAGCUUGGCUCGGCAGGAACAAGUGCACGUUGCUCAUCACAAGGAGCAAAAGGCAAGGCGGAGGACAGUGCCUUGGCCUCCUCAAUGGGAGAGGCAACCAAUAGCAAGUUCCUACAAGGAGUUGGCUUCAACCCUUUCCAGGAGCGAGGCAACAACAUUGUUACAUAUGAAUGGGCCAAGAACAUUUUGACUAAUUAUCAGACUGGAGUCUUAGAGAACUCUCCCAAGAUGGUACUACUUUUCCACUUGAUUGAGGAAAGUGUGAAGCUUGGAGACAAGAUCCUUGUAUUCAGCCAGAGUCUUUCCACCUUGGCUCUCAUCGAGGAGUUCCUAGGGAAGCGUGAAGUACCCUGUAUAUCUUGUGCUGAGGGACAAGGAGUACAGAAAUGGGUUCGAAACGUCAGCUAUUUCCGGCUGGAUGGAAGCACCCCUGCCUUUGAGAGGGAGCGGCUCAUUAAUCAGUUCAAUGAUCCCAGCAACCUCACUACCUGGUUGUUCCUUCUCUCCACGAGGGCUGGAUGCUUAGGUGUGAAUCUGAUUGGUGCCAACCGAGUAGUGGUGUUUGAUGCUUCCUGGAACCCUUGCCAUGAUGCCCAGGCAGUAUGUCGUGUAUACCGUUAUGGCCAGAAAAAACCCUGUCACAUCUAUCGCCUGGUGGCUGAUUUCACCCUGGAAAAGAAGAUCUAUGAUCGUCAGAUUUCCAAGCAGGGCAUGUCAGAUAGGGUAGUAGAUGACCUCAAUCCAAUGCUGAACUUUACUCGGAAGGAGGUGGAGAACCUACUGCAUUUUGUUGAGAAGGAGCCCGCUCCCCAAGCAUCCUUGAACAUAAAGGGAAUCAAGGAGCCAGUUUUACAACUUGCCUGUCUGAAGUACCCUCACCUCAUCACCAAGGAGCCUUUUGAGCAUGAGUCAUUGCUCCUUAACCGAAAGGAUCACAAGCUGACCAAGGCUGAGAAAAAGGCAGCAAAGAAAAGCUAUGAAGAAGACAAACGUACAUCAGUUCCCUACACCCGCCCAUCAUAUGCCCAGUAUUAUCCUGCCAGUGACCAGAGCCUGACCAGCAUCCCUGCCUUCAGUCAGAGAAACUGGCAACCAACACUGAAGAGUGAUGAGAAGCCUGUGGCCAGUGUUCGUCCUGUACAAUCCACUCCCAUUCCCAUGAUGCCACGACAUGUCCCAUUGGGAGGCAGUGUAAGCUCUGCCUCUGGCACAAAUCCAGCAAUGAACUUCCCGAUCAACUACCUGCAGCGUGCAGGAGUCCUUGUGCAGAAGGUGGUCACCACAACAGAUAUAGUUAUUCCUGGACUUAACAGCUCCACAGAUGUACAGGCAAGAAUUAACGCCGGUGAGAGCAUUCACAUCAUUCGUGGGACAAAAGGGACAUAUAUUCGUACCAGUGAUGGGAGGAUCUUUGCUGUUAGGGCAACUGGCAAACCAAAGGCUCCUGAAGAUGGUCGUAUGGCUGCCUCAGGUUCGCAGGGGCCUUCUCUCGAGUCUACAAGCAAUGGCAGACACAGUGCCUCAUCACCUAAAGCCCCCGACGCUGAGGGGCUGGCCAGACCCGUCUCUCCAGACAGCCCAGAAAUCAUCAGUGAGCUCCAGCAGUAUGCAGACGUGGCUGCUGCCCGGGAAUCCCAUCAGAGUUCCCCAAGCUCUAAUGCUACCCUGCCUGGUCCCACGGCCCAACUUACGGACAGCAGUGCUGUUCCUGGGACAACUCUUGGGACUGAAUCUCGACAUGGGGGUCAUUGCCUCAAUAGCUCCCUCUUGGUGACUGGCCAGCCCUGUGGUGACAGACAACCAUUGAUGGACUUAAAGGGCCACAAGCGAAAAUUGGCCACACCACCUGUUGCCCAGGAGUCAGUCCGCCGGCGGUCUAGGAAAGGCCAUCUGCCAGCCCCCGUGCAGCCGUAUGAACACGGCAGCCUCAGGGUGCGGCGUGGGGAGCACAGAACCAUGUCUGACCUGCUACUCCUGGGCCUGAUUGGGGGCCUGACUCUUCUGCUGUUACUGACGCUGCUGGCCUUUGUGGGGUACUCGGGGCUGCUGACGGGGGUAAGAGUAAGUGCUGGCUCACCCCCCAUCUGCAAUGUUACUGUGGCCUACAAGUUCCACAAGGGGCCCUAUGGCGAGACAGGACGACUUUUCACCGAGAGCUGCAGUGUCUCUCCCAAGCUCCGCUCCAUCGCUAUUUACUACGACAACCCCCACACGGUGCCCCCAGAGAAGUGCCGCUGUGCGGUGGGCAGCAUUCUGAGUGAAGGGGAGGAGUCACCCUCCCCAGAGCUCAUCCAGCUCUACCAGAAAUAUGGCUUCAAGGUGUUCUCCUUCCCAGCACCCAGCCACGUGGUGACAGCUACUUUCCCCUACACCACCACCCUGUCCAUCUGGUUGGCAGCCCGCCGGGUCCAUCCUGCUCUCGACACCUAUAUCAAGGAGCGGAAGCUGUGUGCCCACCCUCGGCUGGAGAUCUACCAGCAAGACCAGAUCUAUUUCAUGUGCCCACUGGCACGACAGGGGGACUUCUAUGUGCCUGAGAUGAAAGAGAUGGAACGAAAGAGCCGGUGGCCCAUGGAAGCCAGUGAUGCCCAGACGGAUGGCACAGGAGCUGAUACCAUGAGUGACACGAGUUCUGUGAGCCUGGAGGUGGGUCCUGGCAGCCGGGAGACUUCAGCUGCCACGCUGUCCCCUGGGGUGAGCAGCCGCGGCUGGGAUGAUGGUGACACCCGCAGUGAGCACAGCUACAGCGAGUCUGGCGCCAGCGGCUCAUCCUUUGAGGAGCUGGACCUGGAGGGCGAGGGGCCUUUGGGGGAGCCAAGGCUGAGUCCUGAGGCUGAGCCCCUAGGAGCAGCCAAGUGGCCCCGGGAACCCAGUACCCCUGAGAAGGGCGAGGAGUAACUCGGCCCUUUCCCUCCCAUGGUGCAGUUGCUGUGGAACUAAGCUGACUCUCCAGCUGUCUUCCUCCUUCACUUCCCUGGCCUGGACUGGGCCGGGGCUCCCAGGGGGACCUGACUUUUGCCACCCCGGGCCUCUAGCUAAGUCUUCUUCUCACUGCCCUCUGGGCUCCCCCGGGCUAAAGGAGCCAGAAACUGUCUUCUGCACUCAGCCCCCAGGGCUGCCACCCUGUUACAUCUUUUUCAGAUUCACAUUGGAGCUUCCAGGAACCAGAAUAAAGCAAAUGAUUUUCUUGUUUCA